GAAGAAGGAGAGAGGUGGCAAAGGGAGGAGGAGGAGGGGGGGAGGAAGAGUCUCGGUCGGGGGUUUGGGGAGCGAGCGACUGAGCGAGCCGAAGCACGGACCGCAUCGCCGCCGCUGCCGCUGCCGCCGCCAACCGAGGCGGGAAAAAAAAACCCACGCCGCGCUCGCGUUGCGUGCGCGCGCGUCGAGCUUUUUGCCGCGCACGCGCCGAGGAGGCGAAUUAUGCCGCGCCCGUGACCCGGUGCAAUAAUUCCUCCAGCGAUUUAAACGGCGGACCCCACCAAGUGAACAAGUCGAAAGACCCCCCCCCCUCCUCCCCACCGCGGCGGCGGGGCGUUCGCCCCGUUGGCUUUCGUGUGUUGUUUUUGAGCGCAGUGAAAAUUAUUUAGAGUUUUGUGAAAGCGUGAGGGGGUGUCAAAGGGGGGGGAGUGGGGAAGUGAGUGCCGACUCCGUUGCUGUGGCGCCCGGGAGCCGCGUCCGAGUGGCCCAGCCGCGGCGGAGUGGCGCCGGGAAGAGGCGGCGGCGUCGUCGUCGUCAUCACCUCUUCAUCCGCUCGUCAAUUUGCACCUCGUCUUUUAGUCGUCAUCGUCUACUUGGUAGUUGACGGCUGAGUGCUGCUGUGCUGCUGCUGCUGGGACCCGAGGCUCUGGGCGUCCCCGACGCAACUUUGUCCGCCUUCAUGGGGGUGCCGUGAGGGGCUCCCGCCAGUACAAGCGUCGUUAUCAGCGUUAUUCAGAGGUUUUUACUUUGGUGGUGGGGGGGGGGGUUUGUUUGUAAAACAAAAAACAUUGUUUGGUCUAUAAUUGGCUGUGUUUUAUAAUUAGUUUUUACUCGAGCGAUUUUGGUAUUUAUUUUUUCCCAUUUAUAUUGGAGAAGAAUUGUGGGUUUAAACAAUGUUUUGCAACUGUACUUGCGCUGUAACUAAAUAACGAUAUUAAAACUGAGAGUGGUUUGUAUAUAAUAGUAUAGUUUACUCUCUGCCCAAUUAAACCACGUUUUUUUUUGCAAAUUGAACUUUUUUUUUAUCCUGUGAAAUAAUUGUACCUGUUUUCAGCAUAUUUUCUAAAUCUACGUUUCUAGUUUCACUGUUAAUUUAGAAGCCUUCAAUUGUUAAACAAUUGCACCAAGUUUGUAAUCUUUUUUUUUAUCCCGAUCACUAUCGUGACAUUCUUUUACACAUUUGUUCGCAAACUCUUCCUGGGGGGGGGGGGGGGGUGUGCAUACAAAACAGUUAACACCCAACAGCACCAACCCACCUUAACAUUGGUGCAAUUGUAUUUUUUUUUCAAUCACCUCUUCAACAUCCGCACAUGUUAAAUAACAACAGUAUUGCUAGACGGUUAACGCACGCAAACCCCGAAGUGGCAGGCGAGUGAGGAGGCGUCUUGAGAGCCCACACCGCUGCUGGCCUAGUCACCGGUGGCAGCUCUUUCAAGAGGGCCCAACACAAACACUCAAGAUGUCUGCCAGAACGCCAUUACCCACCGUGAAUGAACGCGACACGGAGAACCAUACAUCAGCAGUAGAUGGAGCUCCGGAUACAACCGUGGUCACCAAGCCCAGCCGUAGCAGUGGAGCCCGUUGUAGAAAUUCCAUCACUGUGGCAGAAGUGGAGCACGCGCAUAUUGGAACCUACCGGCUCCUCAAAACCAUCGGCAAGGGGAACUUCGCCAAGGUCAAGCUCGCGCGGCACACCCUGACCGGCCGAGAGGUGGCAGUUAAAAUUAUAGACAAGACACAACUGAACCCAUCAAGCUUACAAAAGGUAAGAACGAAUCUUUUCAGAGAAGUAAGAAUCAUGAAGAUUUUAAACCACCCCAAUAUAGUUAAAUUAUUUGAAGUUAUUGAGACGGAAAAAACAUUGUAUCUCGUCAUGGAGUAUGCAAGUGGAGGCGAAGUGUUUGAUUACUUGGUUGCACAUGGACGUAUGAAGGAAAAAGAGGCAAGAGCAAAAUUUAGACAGAUUGUAUCUGCUGUGCAAUACUGCCACCAGAAACACAUUGUACACAGAGACCUCAAAGCGGAGAAUCUUCUCCUGGACGCCGACAUGAACAUCAAGAUCGCCGACUUUGGCUUCAGCAACGAGUUCACGCUGGGCAGCAAGCUGGACACGUUCUGCGGGAGCCCCCCCUACGCCGCGCCCGAGCUCUUCCAGGGCAAGAAGUACGACGGGCCCGAGGUGGACGUGUGGAGCCUCGGAGUGAUCCUCUACACGCUCGUCAGCGGGUCGCUGCCCUUCGACGGCCAGAAUCUCAAAGAGCUUCGCGAGCGUGUGCUGCGCGGGAAGUACCGCAUCCCCUUCUACAUGUCCACCGACUGUGAGAACCUGCUCAAGCGCUUCCUGGUGCUCAACCCUGCCAAGCGGGGCAGCCUGGAGCAAAUCAUGAAAGACCGGUGGAUGAACGUCGGCCACGAGGAGGAUGAGCUCAAGCCAUACGUGGAGCCCACACUAGACAUCAACGACACCAAGAGGAUAGAGACGAUGGUUGAGAUGGGAUACUCGCGCGACGAGAUCCGGGACUCGCUUACGAACAUGAAGUAUGACGAGAUCCUGGCCACGUACCUGCUCCUUGGCCGCAAGCCCUCUGAGCUGGAGGGGAGUGACUCGUGUUCCGGAAGUAACCUGUCGCUGGCCAAGCCCCUGCGGCCCAGCAGUGACCUCAACAACAGCUCGGUGCCAUCGCCGUCUCACGGCAAGGUGCAACGCAGCGUCUCUGCCAACCAGAAGCAACAGCGGCGUUACAGUGACCAUGUGGGACCACAGAUCCCACCGUCGGCGUCGUACAACAAGCGGGCGGGGGCCGGUGCCGGGGCGUUGCCCACCAUUGACCCAGAUGGCGAUGCUGCCCGGGAAGAUUUGACUAGAAAAUCAGGCAGCAGUGCGAAUAAGGCAGAUGUGCCGGCAAGCCCUGUCGUCGGAUCAGCCGCCAAUCCCAACAAGGCCGAAAUCCCUAACCGCAAAAAAGGAGGCAACACCCAGCCCCCGAACAGCGCGCUGCCGGCCGGCAUGUCACGCCGAAACACAUACGUGUACGGGGAGAAGGCAAGCGGGGAGCGGCAGACCAGUGUGCAUAACGGCAAGGAAAACAGUUUGACAGAAAUGCCACCACUGUUUUUGGCUAGUGCCCGUGCCCCCAGCCCCGGUGCCAUCCCACCUCUGUCGGCUGCACCGGGCUAUGCCAGGCACCACAAGUCGAUGUCAGCAUCCGGCUUUCCAGCCAGACUCUCACUGACUUCCGAUAAAUCAACAGAGUCCCUGAGGCCAACCUCGUCAUCCGGCCAGCGUGUGCCCGUAGCCUCCCCGUCGGCGCACAACAUCGGAGUGUCUGCGCCGGGGCCCACGGGUGCCACGCCGGACCGUACCCGCUUCCCGCGUGGCAGCUCGAGCCGCAGCACCUUCCAUGGCGGGCAGCUGCGCGAGCGCAAGAACGCCACGUACAACGGGCCACCGGGCUCGCCCACGCUUUCGCAUGACACGGCGCAGGCACGUCAGCGGGGUGCCACGGGCAACAUCUUCAGCAAGCUCACCUCCAAGUUCAGUCGCAGGGCAUUGAAUGAGGCAGAAAGAAUCGGCAGAUUUGAAGGGCCGAGCCGCACCACCACAACCACCACGACAAUGGAGGUGCGCGAGGAGCCACGCGACUCCAAGCCGCGCUCGCUUCGCUUCACGUGGAGCAUGAAGACGACGAGCUCCAUGGAGCCGGGCGAGAUGAUGCGCGAGAUCCGCAAGGUGCUGGACAACAACGCGUGUGACUACGAGCAGCGCGAGCCCUACUUGCUGUACUGCGCACAUGGCGAGACGCGAUCGGGCGCCGAAGAGCCGGUCACCUGGGAGAUGGAGGUGUGCAAGCUGCCGCGCCUCUCGCUCAACGGUGUGCGCUUCAAGCGCAUUUCGGGCACCUCCAUCGCCUUCAAAAACAUCGCCUCCAAGAUCGCUAACGAGCUCAAGCUCUGACAAGGUGGUGGCGGUGGCGGCGGAGGCGGCGGCAGAGGCGAACGCUCGGCGGGCUCGCCAAGCCCUCUGAGGAUUCUCCAAGUUAGAAGGCAAAAAACUACAACUCUGGAGCACAUGGCCUGACCUUGGAAACAUGAGCGGUGACACAAACUCUGGCGAUGUGCUUGCCUGCGCUACGAUGCAGGGAUGUCGUGCACGGGCUGGCGGAGCUGUGUAGAGAUUUGAAGAUGUGCCAGAGUUGUGAUUAAACGCUUGCUUUUGAGCCAUGUGGUGGAGCAAGAGUGAGAGCGACACGUACACGGGGGGGGGGGGGGGGGGGGGGGGGGGAUGUUAUUUUUUGCCGAUCCGCACCUUUCCGCAACGGGCACACUGGUUGGAAUGCACAGAUUGGUAUACUUAUAUAAGCUUCCCAGUAACAUCCAAUUUAAAAUCAAUUAUUUUAUGUAAAAUAAGAGCCGACGGAUAUGUUUAAAGUGUCCUGUAUAAAAAAAAGCUAUAAUUUAUGGUUGGUUUCAAAACAAGUGAAAACAUUAUUUUGCAAAAGCAUUGUGAAGGCAUGUAAGGCUGAGGCAUUGAACCUAGGUUUCAGUCACUCAACUGGACGUCGAGCCGAGCACAGUGUUAAGCGUGGCGCCAUCAACGAAACUGGGCCCUGGGAUUCACAGCUUUGCUUUUAGAGGCGUCGUGCGUCCAGUUUUUUUUCCUCUUUGCCACUGUGGAUCGCACGCCGUUUGCUGUAUAGUCGCAGUUACCCUUGGCUCGGUGCAGUGAAUGCCGGCCGUGAUGUUGUACCCUGCACGGAUGGACUGAAGGGAUUGGGGGAGGGCCCCACUCCAGGGUUCUCAGCUGGGGACGCUGUCCCAUCGGGAUCGUCAAACUCGCAGCCCUGUUUUGCAACUCACAAGAGGGUUGAGUCUGCAAAGUAAAUAUGCGUUUAUUACAAGCAUUAUUGAUAAAUAUCUUACGUGCACUAAAACAACAUUAACAAUUGCAGAAGAGAAUACUUACCCAUUGAUUUUAGUUCUUGUAUAAUUUCUUCAUAUUUAUUAACGUACACGUUAAUUUUUAGUAGGACGUACAAGCGAACAUUUCCUCGGUUUUCUUCAAGUCGCAAGUAUGAGCAAACCCCCACUAUGUUAGUGUUUUAUACUUGUGUUUGUGAAGACGAACUCACGAACUGCUGCAAUCCCCCCCCCCCCCCGGUGUUUUGUACGAGGAAAAAUGGGGCUGGCUGACCCUGAAGCUCCUCCGCUCAUGCACAUCCCGGGCGUCUUUACAACUGUGGCAACACUCGGGAUCUUUCUUUUUUUUAAAAAACUAUAGCUGUCGUUAUGAUCAGGUUCGUGCAAGCGGUCAAUGCAAGAUGUCAGAUCCCUUAGCUAUAUAUAUCUGGUGCACAAUUAUUAAAACCCUUGUUGAAAACUCUGCA